GACUGAACUACUGCAACGACGAUCUACUUAUUUCUUCCACUCCGCAUUUGCGCGCUGCAGGGUUCAUACCUAGCUAUAUUGGAGGUGAAUGGUUUCGCUCUUACCACUGAUUCUUUCCUUCCCAAGCAACAGCAGGACACCUUUGAGACUUUAGUUCAUAUGGUCUUAAUCCCUGGUAUAAUCUCGUGAAAGGCGCGCGCGCACGGCAGAAAGAGUACAUAGAGUAACCUUUCCGCGCAUUCACAUCCAGUCACCAUCAUACCCGGGCAAUCUCUCAAAGUAAUGGAUCGCAAGGCCUUUGAUAUUCAGCCCAUUGGCCGCUUCUACGGAGCUAGCGCUGCCAUUCGACGUCCAAAGGAGAUUGCAUGUUUCUCUUAUGAUGAUGAGCAUAAGUUCCAUCUCGGAGAUUCAUCGAUGAAAUACUACUAUCCGCCAUGCCUUCCCGCGGACCUGAACCGCGGAUUCGAGUCAUUUCAAAAGCUGGAUGAUUCAGCUGAUGAGCAUCUAGAUGCUCUGCUCGAGACAGUCAUAGCCCUGGAACAAGAAACGCAGAAGAAAUGUGAAGCUGAUAUUAUCACCUGGAGAGGCAUGAUGACCAAGAUCCUUGCAGCUCCUUUUGAUAACUUAAAUGGCUUCGAAAUGAACGCUACCUGCUUCCAGGGAACAAUAUUUAUCGAAGAGAACAACAGCUACAAGAAUGAGCAGAAACGAAUUCAGAAAAAUCAACGAAUGCCUCCGGGAAUGGCAUCCCAGGAUCUGAUGGCCUACUGGGGGUAUAAAUUUGAGACUCUGUCGGUGCUUAAUGAACCGUGGGAUCCGACUCCACGCAGAGAGAUUGAAAACCGAGAGGAACUCAUGGUGAACAACAAUGCCCAGUAUUGUUCAGUGGUGCGCACUGCAAUCGGCCGCGCACGCCUAGUCAUUGGUGGGGAGGUAGAUGCGAUCUGGGAUUGCAAACCUGAGCGAAAGGAAGAUCCCAUCCAUUGGGUAGAACUGAAAACCUCCGCCGAGAUUAGAAAUGACCGGGACAUGGUGAAAUACGAAAGGAAGCUCCUGAAAUUCUGGGCCCAGUCAUUCUUACUCGGGGUACCCAAGAUCGUUGUCGGCUUUCGGGACCAACAUGGUAUUGUUCAUCGUCUUGAGGAGCUCGAGACUGCUGCCAUACCUGGAAAAGUCAAGAAGCUUGGCCGGUCGACUUGGGACGGAAAUAUCUGCAUUAACUUCGCUGCCACGUUCCUUGAAUGGCUUAAAACUACCAUCCAAGAGGAAGGCACAUGGAGAAUACGCAAACGGGAGAAAUCGUCGCUUAUUGAAGUCUUCAGGGUGGAGGAGAGUGGAACUGGCGAUAUUAUCUCACCAGCAUUUUCGGCCUGGAGGUCCAAAUCUUGAGCCAUACAAACGCUCAGUCAUUGACUUCUUUAUUUCCAAUGAUUCUGCGUCUGUGGACUACUCCUCCAGUGAAAGAGAAGCUCGGGGUCCACCCAGUUGCGCAAGAAUGAUAAGGCUGCUAUCAACAGAUAGGGAUAUGCUUGCCUCUUGGCUUGAUGCAUGGGAACUCGCUUGCGGCAUCGGCUGGAUCGACUUGGUCACUGGACCUAGACGGUGCUGUGACAAGUAUGUGCUGUGCAAUCAUUGCAAAUGAAUGCUUUAUGUCUGACAUCUAUUCGCUGCCCCAAACACCAAGCCCUAUGCCAAACACAGCCAGAAGUUAGGGGCUUCUUCAGAUGACAUCAUCUGGCUGUCGGUCAGCGUUGUCUUGUUGUCUUCUUGACCGCACCUGCUUUCUGCAUACAUUUACGGUGUGAAAGCAAACAUGCAGAUGGUCUGCUAGCAUGCACUGCGCGGAAGAAUCUCUCUACAUGGUUACCCACGGGUCUCGCAGAUGCAUUUGCAUUGAGACGCAAGGCACAUCGGUGCUAUUGACAAUUAAUUUGAGACUUCUAU